AGCGGCGUCAACGUCGACGAAGUGGGUAGCGGUGAGCGAACGGCGCUUCGUGGAGCGGCUUGGGCUGGUCAUCGUGACAUCGUCAGUCGUCUUUUGAAAGCGCACGCUAGCGUGGACAAAAAGGAUUCUGAAGAUCGCACCGCUUUGAUGGCUGCGGCUUUUAUGGAUCACUGGGAGAUUGUCGAACUACUGCUUGAUCACGGUGCUGAAAUCUCUGAAACGGACUCAGCUGGAGCCACAGCGCUACAUCUGGCUCUUUCAAACGGUUCAAAACAGAGGCACACGAUAAGACUGUUCAGACGAGGAAGUGACCUGACAUUGGCGGAUGCCCACGGAAGAGUUUGCAUCCACCUGGCCGCCUAUCAUGGUGAUCGGAAUCUGAAGUCGUUGUUAGGUGCUACGUGCAUCGAUGUGCAGGAUUCCCUCGGUCGAACUCCGCUAAUGCUUGCUGCAAGUCAAGGACAGUUGGAUGCCGUGGAUUUACUGACGAAAAAU